GUGGCUCCGAACCUUUUGAAUACCGACACCGUCCUCAAACCCGAGGUUUCUCCACUGGUUUUGGAAAGUUUUUGGAUCGUUGAUUUGAACCGAUACAUGAUGUCUGGACAGAGUAUUACAGACAGGAUCACCGCUGCUCAGCACAGUGUCACUGGGUCGGCAAUUUCAAAAACGGUGUGCAAGGCGACCACGCAUGAAAUUAUGGGACCAAAAAAGAAACAUUUGGACUACUUGAUCCAGUGUACAAAUGAGAUGAAUGUGAACAUCCCUCAGCUGGCUGACACACUGUUCGAGCGGACCACCAACACUAGCUGGGUGGUUGUCUUUAAGUCUCUCACCGCCACACAUCAUCUGAUGGUCUAUGGCAAUGAGAGAUUUAUACAGUAUCUGGCUUCAAGGAACACAUUAUUCAACCUCAGCAAUUUUUUGGACAAAAGUGGUCUACAAGGCUAUGAUAUGUCGACGUUCAUUAGGAGGUAUAGCCGCUACUUGAACGAGAAGGCUGUGUCCUACAGACAAGUGGCUUUUGACUUCACUAAAGUCAAACGAGGGUCUGAUGGCGUGAUGAGGACGAUGAACACAGAGAAGCUCCUAAAGACCAUCCCAAUCAUCCAGAAUCAGAUGGAUGUGCUACUCGAUUUCAAUGUCAAUGCCAAUGAACUGACAAAUGGUGUGAUCAAUGCGGCCUUCAUGCUUCUGUUCAAAGAUGCUAUCAGACUUUUUGCUGCAUACAAUGAGGGCAUAAUCAACCUUCUGGAGAAAUACUUUGACAUGAAGAAGGUUCAGUGCAAAGAAGGACUUGACAUCUACAAGAAAUUCCUUACACGUAUGACGAGGAUCUCAGAGUUCCUCAAAGUUGCAGAGCAAGUGGGCAUUGAUCGAGGGGACAUCCCGGAUCUGUCUCAGUUUACAGUUUGUGCGCCCAGUAGCUUACUGGAUGCCCUGGAGCAGCACCUGGCUUCCUUAGAGGGAAAGAAAGUCAAAGACUCAACAGCAGCCAGCAGGGCGAGCACUCUCUCCAAUGCGGUCUCCUCCCUGGCCAACACUGGAAUCUCUUUUACCAAAGUGGACGAGAGGGAAAAACAGGCAGCCCUUGAAGAGGAGCAGGCUCGCCUUAAAGCACUUAAAGAGCAGCGUCUAAUGGAGCUCCAGAGAAAUCCUGGCUCAGCCACCACAGACUCCUCACCUGAGUUCCCAGUGGGUGGGACCAUCAACUCCACCCCUGCCAUUGACCUCUUCUCCACCCCCAGCUCCACCAACAGCAACUCGAAAGCAGCCAAUGACCUGCUUGACCUCCAGCCGGCCUUCCAGCAGUCCCUGCCACUUUCAACCACCAAUUCAUGGGGAGGUGAAGGCUCCGCCCCUUUUGAGUCCUUCUGUGGCCCUAGCCCAUACAACACUACUAAUCGGCUCCAAUCAGAGCCCCCUGCUGUAGCUGGUCUAUUCAGAGGGUUUACAGUCUCCCCGACACCCCAGGUGCCACAAAACUCCCGAGGCCUUAACGUGGACUUUGACUCCGUAUUUGGUAACAACACCAAUGCCAACACUCUGGAUUGUACAGGUGGCCUCCUAAAACCUACAGUUGCAUCCUUAACCGAUCAGGACAUGACCAUGAAUGGCCUGCAACCCCACAGACUGGUGUCCAACGACCUGGACUCGUCCCUGGCCAAUCUUGUCGGCAAUCUGGGAAUUUGCAAUGGCACAGCUAAAAAUGAUCUUCACUGGAGUCAGCCUGGUGAGAAGAAGCUGACAGGUGGAACCAACUGGACACCAAAGACAGCUCCUUCUACCACCUGGAACCCUGCAUCCAUGGCUCCAUCUGUCAUGGCCUUCCCUCCAACCACACCAACGGGCAUGAUGGCAUAUGCAAUGCCUCCUCACAUGGGCUCGAUGAUGAUGACACAACCCACCAUGAUGUACACCCAGCCUGUGAUGAGGCCAGCCAACCCAUUUGGGCAAAAUCCAGGCGCACAAAUGCAGUUUAUGUAACCUGAGGGAGAAGGAGUCUUUCCUGUUUGAUGAUGAUAACAACAACGUCUAAUAACAAAGCAAACACAAAGUUUGCUUUUAAUGAACUCACCUCUCUGAGAAAGCACGGCCCAAAUAGGACAUGUUGAAUAAACCAUGGUGACCAGGAGCAGCUAUGGGCCAUCUCAGAGAGACAUCCCAGUGGACAUUGUGCCCAUCUCGUCAAGUCACAGAAGGAGGAGAACACCAUGUGGUCCCCCACUGUUUCCUGGUCCUAGAGGAACACACCACCCAAAGGGAGAGCUUUCUGACAUCAAUGAUUAUGUACCUGAAAAAAAAAAUGGAGGCUGUGAGGCUAUCGCACUGUUGGGAUGCCUUUCUGUUCCUCUUUCUCCAGGCGAAGCUGUCACUUCUUUCUGAUUACAAACCAUGAGUAACACAUCCCAGAUCAGAAAAACAAUUUCAGCUACUCUUUAUACCACACUGUUUUUCUUUCUUUCUUUUGUAUGUAUUGUUUGCAGUAGACAUUCCUUGUGUUUUGUUUGUAUUUAUUUAUGAUUACCAACAGAGAGGAUGUUAAAAAAAAAAGUAUGUAACUAGCCAUUGACCUCCUCUUUGUGGGAGGUUUUCAGGUUCAUAUAUAGAGGUAUGAUUGCUUGUAGAAUUGGAUUUUGAGUGAUUGAGAUGAUUUGUUUGAAAAAAGAAACUAAUAUAAAGUUUAAAGAGAUGACAUGUUUUGCUUUUGGGGCACUAAAUAUUCUCUGUACUGGCAGGAUGCCUGGUACAGUAAUCUGUGGCUAGACGGCUCAGAUUGAAGAUGUGUGUGAACGUGAUAAUUAGCACAGUGAAAUAGGUGUGGUGGAUUUCUAUUCAUUUUUAACAUCAGAAGAAACACUACAUGUUGUGAGGGAGGGAGCAUUGAAUUAGGAAGAAUCUGCAAAUAUUCUUUGAAGCUUUUGGCAUGCCAUUCCCUGUUGGAUUUCCAAAGUUCCUGCCUGAAUGUGCAGGGUCCCUUUCAUGCUCAGAUCUGGUUUCCAUAGGCGAGCAGCAGGGGGUUUAGAACAAUGUGUAGAUAUGAGGGGGUAUGGCUUGUAGCUUCAGACUGGUAUCAGGGGGAUAGGUUAGGGGCAGUCUGGUUGUGCAGGACAAUAGAGCACUGUUGAUCGGUGCUUUGUGUAUAUAAAACUAAUCCUGCCAAUCACAGGACUGCAGGAAGACAGUCUGAACAUUAAAGUGGCCCUUUAUUCAUUGACUGAGCAUAUUUGCUGUAUUGCCCCUGCAGAUUAUAUUUUUGUUUGUUUGAUUUUUCCAAUAAAGUGCAAGCUUCCACACUU